GCAGCCUCGCUAUAAAUAGGGCAAACCGAAAGCUGAACCUGCUUGGAGCUUGGUCUGGGGUGGAGCGAGCAACGCCGACGAGGAGGAGGAGGUGCGGUGUGGCGUCCCGUGUUUGGGAGCGCAGUGCCAUGUGCUUGAUGUCAACGCAGCGCAGCCGAGACGCGGACCGCGGCGCUGGGACGGUCUAACGAGGGCUCCCCAGCAGGUGCUGGGUGAUGGCAGGAGCUCAGGUGGGACUCCCGAGGCACUUCCCAGAGCCUUCAGUGGGGCCGUGCCCAGUCUCCGACUCUGAUUCUGACUCCGAGGAUGCAGCUGUGGGUGGCACAGGAGCUGGUGCCGGGGCGCAGAACCCCUCGCAGGUCAUCCACAGUGGACACUUCAUGGUGUCAUCCCCGCACAGCGACUCGCUACCCCGCCGGCGCCACCACCGCACCGAACCCGAGGCGGCUGAUCCCCGGAGCAUCGACCCGACCCUCACUCGGCUCUUCGAGUGCAUGAGCCUGGAGUACGGCGGGAAGCUGGUGUCUCCUAAGUGGAAGAAUUUCAAGGGGCUGCGCCUGCUUUGCCGGGAUAAAAUCCGUCUCAACAAUGCUAUCUGGAGGGCCUGGUACAUCCAGUAUGUGGAGCGCAGGAAGAACCCCGUGUGUGGUUUCAUCACCCCGCUGGAGGGGUCGGAGGCUGAUGAGCACCGAAAACCAGAGGCUGUUGUGCUGGAGGGCGACUACUGGAAACGCCGCAUCGAGGGGGUGAUGAGAGAGUACCACAAGUGGAGGAUCUACUACAAGAAGCGGCUCCGAAGGUCCACCCGGGAGGAAGAGCUCUCCAGUCCAAAGAGGGAUGAGGAUGUCUGGAGGCCAAUGGAGAAAUGGUGCAACCAACUUUUCUGCAACGUGGUGCCCAUGCUGCUUGGGGAUGAGGAGGAGGAGCCAGGGGGUAGGCAGCACUUCGACUUGGACACCUUCCUCUCAGACAUCUCUGAUACCCUCUUCACCAUGACACAGACGCCCAGUGCCCACCAGGCACUCCCUGAGGAUGUAUAUGUUGGGAAUGCUGAUAUGAUCCAACCGGACUUGGCACCCCUGCAGCCCAGCCUAGAUGAUAUGGAGAUCUCAGAUAUCUUCACCACCUACCGACCACCACUAUCACAGACACAAUCAGGCUACCAGGAGCCCCCUUGCUUUGUGCCCAUGGCUGAUCCUCUGUUCAUCAGUGGCGGAGCACUGAUGGGUGUCCGGGGGCUGCCUGCAAGCCCUGAGGCCCCAGUUCCACCCAGCACCCUCCUCCAGGUGAGUGGGGUCCUGGCCUGUGGUCCACAGCUGCCGGUGCCCCAGCCAGCCCCCCUGACCCUCCUGUGUCUCCCACAGCCCAGCACUGCCUCCCAGCUCAGCCUCCACGGUGCCUUCCUGAGCCCGGAGCUUCCUCCGUCCCCCCUGCCCCCUGAGCCCCCUGCCACAGCCCCCAGCAGCCUCAGCCCCCAGCUCCGACACAGGCACUCUCUGCAGUAUGACCUCCCCAGCAAGUGCCUUGGCUUGGAGCCACCAGGACCUCACUAUGCCCCGCCAAGCCCAUCCCCUGGAGCACCCCUCCUGGGCCCAGACUCCCUGUUCUCCCACUCCUCGGCUCCCCGCUCCAAGUUCCCCUUUGCCGGCUCGCCUGGCCCCUCGCUCCUUGCCCCCUCUGCCUCCCCCCUCUCAGCACCCUCCUUUGCCCCUCGUGCCCUUCCAGGGUUGGGCUACACUGCAGGCAUGGUGCCCCCAGAGUACCCCAGCCUGGUUGCUCCCCAGCUCCCUCCCCCUGCCCUGCUGGGCGACCCCAGGUUUGCCCCCCAAAAGGGGCUGCCCCAAGGUGGGGGCGGGCGGCCAAAGGUGAAGCCCGGUGGCACCAAGGUGAAGAAGGGACCUCCAGCAUCACCCCACUUGGCUGUGCCCAACCCCUGCUUGAGCGAGCUGCUGAACGCAGCCAAGCAAGACCCUGCCCUGGAUGCUCCAUGCCUAAUGGGCAGAGGACUCAUGCCCUCGCCCCCUGUGUCCCCGCAGCAGAGCACUGUCCCUGAAGUCCCUGCCACCUUCCUCUCCAGAAUGGCCCAACUGAGCCCAGGACUGGCUUCUGGUUCCAUUCCUUCCCCAGCAGUGCCAGCACCUGUACCACUGGCAGGCACCAAGCCGGGCCCACUGCUAGUCCCCAAAGCAGAGCAGCUGUCCCCAACGUCGACUUCUGGCAGUGACUGGCCCAAGCCCAGCCAGGCUUCCCCAGGACCAACUGCUGGGCUGGGCACUGGCAUAGCCCUGCGCCACCCUGUGCCCCGUCGGGGCCGACCUGAGUCCAGCAAGAUGGAGAGCCGCCGCAUCACGCACAUCUCCGCCGAGCAGAAGAGACGCUUCAACAUCAAGCUGGGCUUCGAUACGCUGCACAGCCUGGUGAGCACGCUGAGCGCCCAGCCCAGCAUCAAGGUCAGCAAGGCCACCACCUUGCAGAAGACAGCAGAGUACAUCUGCAAGCUGCAGCAGGAGCGAGCAGCUCUGCAGGAGGAGGCACAGCGGCUGAGGGAGCAGAUUGAGGAGCUCAACGGCUCCAUCAACCUGUUCCAGGAGCAGCUGCCAGCCACGGGGGUGCCCAUCACGCGCCAGCGCUUCGACCAGAUGCGCAGCAUGUUCGAUGAGUAUGUCCGCUCCUCCACGCUGCAGAACUGGAAGUUCUGGAUCUUCAGCAUCAUCAUCCGUCCCCUCUUUGAGUCUUUCAAUGGCAUGGUGUCCACGGCCAGCAUGGAGAGCCUCACCCAGACAUCUCUUGCCUGGCUGGAACAGCACUGCUCCCUCCCAGCACUUCGGCCGACUGUCCUGAGCUCCCUUCGGCAGCUGAGUGUUUCCACCUCCAUCCUGAGUGACCCAACCUGCAUCCCUGAGCAGGCAACACGGGCAGUGGCAGGGAUGGGCCGUGGUGGCAGCUCCUCUUAGCUGCUCCCAGAGUGGCUUUCUCAGCCUUGCCAAGAACCUUGGUGCUGCCAGAUGAGUGCCUUCCAGUGCCAGCAUGAAGCCCUCAGUGGGGUCACAGGGCUGCUGUGGCCAAGUUGCUUGAGCUGCUGAGGACAUGGAGAUCCCUCUCCCACGUAUACUGGCUCAGGCAGUCCCUGCCUGUGCAGGGACAGGAGCCCUGGUCCUGCAUCCCAGGGCCUGCCAGACCCCAUAGUCUGGUACAGCCUGGGGGCCUUCCUGCCCUUGGCCAGGAGACCUGGGGAUGGGGAAGCUGCUGGGCGGUGGGACCUGGCCAUGCUGCCUGAUAAAGGACUUGCUCUGCC